GACGAUGUGACAUAGUGGAUGGCACCUGUGGGCUGCGGAUGUAGCAAGCAAGAAAAAUCAAAGCCGCCAUUAGACAAGUCUUCACCUCCGAGUCGCCUUUGGCAUGUCACGGUCUACCGGCCAUUACAUAUCCUAGGAAGCAGAGAUAGAGAUUUUAGAGACCCAGAUCAUCACAGAGCAUGGUGACUCUCGGCUUAUCACAGAUAGCACCAUGGAGCUUCCUCUGCGCGCUCGGGGUCGGGGCUGUUCUCUCGUGCGCAUGGCGGCUACUAGCUCGGGCCUGGCUCGGCCCACAAAGGGUGGCCCUGGCCCUGCGCGCCCAGGGCCUCCGCGGCACGACGUACCGCUUCCCCUCCGGCGACGUGAAGGAGUACGUGCGGCUCCUCGCGGCGGCGCGCUCCGAUCCCAUGCCUCUGUCGUCGCACGACAUCACCGCCCGAGUGCUCCCGUUCGACCAUGGCAUCAUCAAGCAACACGGUAAAAUUGCUGUGACAUGGUUCGGUCCAGAGCCCAGGGUGGUGGUGAACGAUCCUAAACUGUUCCGGGAGAUCCUAGCGAACAAACACGGGCAGUUUGGGAAGCAGAAGUCCAUUCUUUGGAUCGAGAGGCUGUUGGCCAACGGGCUGACGACCCACCAAGGUGACAAGUGGGUCAACCACCGUAGGAUCAUCAACCACGCGUUCCAUCUCGAGAAGCUCAAGAGAAUGUUGCCGGCUUUUGCUGCGUGUUCCAGUGAGCUUGUACGCAGAUGGGUGGACUCUGUGGGAUCGGGUGAUGUGCAGGAGAUAGAUGUCUGGCCAGAGUUCGAGAAUCUCACGGGUGACGUCAUCUCCCGAGCGGCGUUCGGGAGCAGCUUCGGUGAAGGGAGAAGGAUCUUUCAGCUGCAGUCUGAGCAAGCACAGAACGCUGUCAAGAUGGCAAGCAAAAUGUAUAUCCCAGGUUACAGGUUCCUACCAACAAAGCUCAAUGCAAGGAUGAAAGCAAAUGUCCGUGAGGUCGAAGUACUCCUGAAAGGCGUAAUCACAAAGAGGGAGAAGGCGAUGAAGGACGGCCUUGCCAACAAUGAUGAUCUGCUCGGCGUGAUGAUGGACUCCAACAUUAAAGAAAGCCAAGAAGCCGGAAGCUCCAGACCAACGAUGACCACCGAGGACAUAAUUGGGGAGCUGAAGCUCUUCUACUUCGCAGGAAUGGAGACCACCGCGGUGCUGCUCACAUGGGCAAUGGUCGUGCUAAGCAUGCAUUCUGAGUGGCAGGACCGUGCACGGGAGGAGGUUCUUCUCGUCUUUGGAAAGAACCAGCCAGAUUCCGAGGGCAUCAAUCGGCUCAAAGUUGUGACUAUGAUACUACAUGAGGUUCUUAGGCUGUACCCGCCAAUCCUACAACUUGGCCGGGAGGCGUACAAAGAGACUGAGCUGGGCGGUGUGACGUAUCCGCCCGGCGUUACAUUUGCGCUGCCGAUUGUGUGCAUCCACCAUGAUCCGGAUGUGUGGGGAGAAGACGUCGACGAGUUUAAGCCGGAGAGGUUCGCAGAGGGCAUCGCCGGCGCGUCCAAGGACUCGCCGGCGUUCUUUCCGUUCGGCUGGGGGCCGCGGAUCUGCGUCGGCCAGAACUUUGCGCUGCUGGAGGCCAAGAUGGGAUUGAGCAUGAUCCUGCAGAACUUCUGGUUUGAGCUCUCGCCGUCUUACAAGCAUGCGCCAUGCCCCGUCUCAACUCUUCAACCCCAGCAUGGAGCGCAGAUUAAGCUCAUGAAACUCUAAACACUUUGUUAAUUACUCCAAUUAGCAUGUAUCUGGACCCCUGAGAACCGUGGACAUGGGGAUUACUCCGUGAUUAGGAUGGUGAUCCUGGACAUGGGGAUUAAUUAGCUAGUGUGAUUAAAGAUGUCAGGCUCAUGCCGGACAUCCCAUAUAAAAGAAACAGAGAAUAAUGCACAUCUUGACACAUGUCUUGUGAAUCA